AUGGACUCUGUGGAUUUGGUAGACUUGGACUUUUUCGGGGCCAUUGUGGAAGGAGGUGCCGGUGUCGUGCGAGGGCGUCGGGCGUCGGUGUGCGAGGGUGUCGGUGUGGACUGGCGGAUGGGUGGACUGGUCGCCUACCUCGCCUCCGACGUCCUCGUCAUCUCCCUCCCGCCCUUCCCCGCCGUCUCUCCGUUUCCCGACAGCCUCAGCGCGAGCAGACACCGCCCGACUGUCCUGCCCGUCCCCCAUGGCGGCGAUCCGGGCUCGACCCUCCUCCGCAACCGCGCCGGCAGCGUGCUUUCCUGCCUCGCCCUCGCCGACUCCCAGCUCGUGACGCGCCUCGUACCCCACAUAACCGAGCUAUCAUCUCUCCCACUUGUCCUGCAUCUGGCUGUCCGGGACGAUCUAUCCGACGUCCUCAUCCUCCGCCCGAGCAUACCGUUUGUGCUCCAUUCGUCCACGGCACAGCAGGCUCAUGACAAUGCCCUCCUCGCAUCCCGGCUCGCCCGCACGGAGAAAAAGGCCGUGCUGCAUAUAUUCCACGUCGGAGAGAGUACGGACAGUGUACAGGAAGUAGAGGAAGGAAAGGUCCAGCCCUUCCUACUCCAAGAAGUGCCUCGCUCACCCCCCAGAUCCCUUAUCAACGGGCACCCGAACGGAGUGAAUGGACACGGUCUGAACGGUGCAAACGGACACUCGGACGACGUGCUCGAGUCGUCUGAUUCCAUCACGAACGAGCUCUACAAAGCCUACGAGGCAGCGACAUGGUCCACAGUCGCACUCACCCGCCGCCCGGUACGCCCCAUCGCCCCGCACAGCUCCUCGGCUACAUCCCCCCACACUAUCCUCCUUACCUUUGGACGCCCGCCAGCGUUCUCCGAUCCGCUGGAAGGCGUCUCCGUACUUGCCGUCUCGCUCUUUAGCCCUCUCCCUCCUGCCAAAAUUCUGCGCGCUAUCCCACCGUCCGCGACCCGCGUGAUCGUGCUCGAGCAGGUGCAGAAAUGGCCCGUCAAGUUCACGCCGUUCUUCCUCGAAGUCGCGAGCGCCGUGCAAAGCGCAGACGCAGAGACCAAGCCAACCGUGCACCCGUCUGUGCUCGGUCUUCCCGACACCAUCAAGUCAGUGGACGUCCUCAAGUUAGUGCAGCAAGCCUCCUCGGGCGUAUCUCCCCUCCAUCUGGGCUCGUUCGAGGACGACUCGCAAACGCCCGCACUGCCCGAGGUCCCGCACGUCCCGAAGCACGAGCAGUCCUACACGAAAAUCCUCGCGCGGCUCUUCGACGGCCGCCUCGAGAUCGAGAACUCCCCGUUCCUCGUCGCGGCGCAGGGCAGCGCGGCGACGACGCCCGAGUUCGCGCUCGGCCGCGUGCGCGGCGAGCUCGAGGAGCGCGCGGCGCUCGUCCGCGCCGUGCAGGCGCUGCUCGACCACGGGGACGUCACCGCGGAGCUGCACGCGCUGCUCACCCGCUGGCUGCUCGCGCGCGACGACCCGGUCAAGAGCCGCGCCCUCGGCGCGGAGAUCGUGCCCGCGUUGGAGGACGCGAACGUCGAGGACCCCGCCGUGGCGCGCAUCCUCAUGCUGAGGCACCACCUCCCCGCGCGCUCGCGCUGGAUCAUCGGCUCCGACGCGUGGGCGUACGACCUCGGCGCGUCGGGGCUGCACCACGCGAUCGCGUCCGGGCUCGACGUGAACGUGCUCGUCGUCGACAGCACGCCGUACAGCGCGCGCGCGCGCGCGGACCCCGCGCGGCGCAAGCAGGAUGUGGGGCUGUACGCGAUGAACCAUGGCGAUGUGUAUGUCGCGAGCGUGGCGGUGUAUAGCUCGUACGCGCAGGUGCUGCAGGCGCUCGUCGAGGCGGAUAGGUUCAAGGGACCGAGUGUGGUGCUGGCGUACCUGCCGUAUGCGCGCGAGGACGCGCCCGCGCUGGAGGUGCUAAAGGAAACGAAGAUGGCGGUGGACGCGGGGUACUGGCCCCUGUACCGCUGGGACCCGAGCAAGGAGGGCGAGGAGGUGUUCAAGCUGGAUUCGGACGCGGUGAAGAAUGACCUGCAGGCGUUUUUGGAUCGCCAGAACCAUAUUUCGCAGUUGGUGCGCAGCCGCCCGGAGCUGGCGAGCGAGCUGGUCGGAAGUCUGGGCGAGAGUGUGAAAGAGGCGCGGCGGAGAAAGGCGCAGAAGGCGUAUGAGGAUUUGUUGGGGAGCAUUGAUGCGCCGCCGCUGUUGGUGCUUUAUGCGUCGGAUGGGGGCAAGGCGGAGAAGGUCGCGAAGAGGCUUGCGGGCAGAGGGAAGGCGCGGGGAUUGUCGGUGGAUGUGAAGACGAUGGAUUCGGUGACCCUGGAGGACCUUGCGAAGGAGGAGGGUGUCGUUGCGUUCGUCACUUCUGUCGCUGGCCAGGGAGAGUUCCCGCAGAAUGGGCGGACGUUUGCGAAAGCCGUGCACGCUGCUGCUACCAGGGCAGAGAAGCCUCUCCGGGGACUAAAGUUCUCCGUCUUUGGCAUGGGCGACAGCCAUUACUGGCCGAGGCCUGAGGACGCCCACUACUACAACAAGGCUGGCAAGGAUUUGGAUGCGCGGCUGGAGCAGCUCGGUGCAGAGCGAGUUGUGCAGCUCGGGUUGGGCGACGAUCAGGAUGCGGACGGCCCUGAAACAGGGUACAAGGUCUGGGAACCCCUGCUGUGGAAAGCAUUGGGCGUCGACGCAGUCGAAGUGUCAGAGGCCGAGCCAGAGCCCAUCACAAACGAACACAUCAAGGUCGCAUCCAACUAUCUGCGCGGUACCAUCGCUGAAGGGCUCGAGGACAACACGACCGGCGCACUGUCACCCGCCGACACGCAGUUGACCAAGUUCCACGGGAUAUACCAGCAGGACGACCGCGAUAUCCGCGACGAGCGGCAGGCGCAGGGCGUCGAGCCUGCGUACCAGUUCAUGAUACGUGUGCGGAUGCCGGGUGGAGUGUGCAGGCCCGACCAGUGGCUCAGGAUGGACCAGAUCGCGGACGAGCACGGGAAUGGGACGUUCAAGAUUACGACGAGGCAGACGUUCCAGUUCCAUGGGGUCAUCAAGCGCCAUUUGAAGCCUGCGAUCCAGGAUAUCAAUAGGUCGCUUCUGGAUACGCUCGCUGCCUGUGGUGACGUGAACAGGAACGUCUUGUGUUCUGCAAUUCCCUCGCUGUCUAAGCUACACGCGGAGAUCUAUGAGUUUGCAAAGGGUGUCAGCGAGCAUCUUCUUCCUCGCACGACGGCGUAUCAUGAGAUUUGGCUGGACAAGAAGCUCGUCGCUGGCGAUUCACUCAAGGAUGUCGAACCCCUUUACGGAGAGUUCUAUCUUCCUCGCAAGUUUAAAGUCGCUGUUGCCGUUCCUCCCACCAACGAUGUGGACAUAUUCGCCAACGACGUAGGCUUCAUCGCUAUUGUGGAAAAGGGCCACCUCGUCGGCUUCAAUGUUACGGCGGGAGGCGGAAUGGGCGUGACGCACGGUAACAAGAAGACGUACCCUCGUACGGCAGAUGUCCUGGGCUUCUGCACCGUUGAGCAGGGCAAAGCUGUGGCCGAGAAGAUCAUGCUUGUCCAGAGGGAUAACGGCAAUCGUGCUGAUCGUAAGAACGCAAGGCUCAAGUACACUAUCGACCGCAUGGGUCUCGAAACCUUCAAGUCAGAGGUCGAGAAGCUGUUGGGCUGGAAGCUGGAACCUGCUCGUCCCUACUCGUUUGACCGCAACAUCGAUGACUUUGGCUGGGCGACUGGCGAGGAUGGCAAACAUCACUUCACCAUGUUCAUUGAGAAUGGUCGUAUCCAGGACGAGCCCGGCCGCGACUUCAAGACUGGUCUGCGGGAGAUCGCCAAGAUCCACAAGGGCACCUUCCGUCUCACUGCCAACCAACAUGUGGUCAUCUCCGAUAUUCCGUCCAGCGAGCUUGCAAAGAUCAAGGAGUUGCUCGCACAAUACAAGAUGGAUAAUCUAUCACAGACUGGCUUGAGACUUUCCUCUUCUGCUUGCGUCGCUUUCCCCACCUGUGGUCUUGCCAUGGCCGAGUCGGAGCGGUAUCUCCCUGUUCUCAUCGAUAAAGUCGAGAAGAUCUGCGAGGAGAAUGGUCUUCGUAACGAUUCAAUAGUCAUGCGGAUGACUGGAUGUCCAAACGGUUGCGCCCGUCCUUACCUCGCUGAGAUUGCGUUCGUAGGCAAAGCUCCAGGCACAUAUCUCAUGCUACUGGGCGGCGGCUAUUAUGGUCAGAGGCUCAAUAAAAUUUAUCGAGAAUCUGUAACUGAGCCAGAAAUUCUCGCGAUACUAAAACCCAUGAUCAAGCACUAUGCGCUUGAACGGUUAGAAGGGGAGCGUUUCGGCGACUUCGUUAUUCGGGCCGGCUACAUUGCUCCUACGACAUCUGGUAAGGAGUGGUAUGAUCGUAUGGGUGGAGAGGGUGAGCACAGAGAGGUCUCGGCAUAGACUAGCAUUACGCAUAAAUUAUUUAAUUGUAUUGUACGAGUCGCACAUAUCUCUUCUUGGGGACGGCUAAUUUCCUUGCAUUGUAAUCAGACAUUAUAAUGCAUCUGAAUCGCUAUGAAUCAUGCUGCUCUCAGUAUGGGC